CGUACGGGAUCCUCGAUCGGUACAGAGAGGGACUCACUGUUGGUAGAGGGUACUCCCUUGUUGCUCACUCGAGUAGUAAGAGAAAAUCCUCGCACGGGAGAGUUGGCACGUGAGAUAUCGCAUCGUGAUCGAUCUCUCGUGUCUCUUGCGCGUGUUCUAUUUUCUCCUGCCCACCCCUCCCCUUCCCUCGUUCCUUCCUCGUUCCUUCCUCGCCGGCCACGAUCAGCCACGUCCAGGAUUACGCAUCGACGAUCGAGCGAGGGGGAUUACCGCCGUGAGAUCCCCUGUUCGCGGAGGAAGGAAAGGAAGGAAAGUGGAGGAGAAGGCGAAUAUAUUGGGAAGAGGAUUUCGGUGGAGAAGUGGUGUUGUUGCUAGGUGUUGUUGACCACCUUCGGUGUGAUCGUGGACCACCUGUGAAUUUAUAUGGUGAUCGAUGGAUGUGGGAUGUAAACGUAUCGAUGGUUAUUUGACGCCUUGAAAAAAACGAGAUCGGCAUGAAGUACUUGAAAAUCGUUCUGUUCACGUUCAACUUAUUGAUAUGGUUGGCCGGGUGUACGGUACUGAUGAUAGGAGCAUGCUUGCUGCUGGAGCCAAGCAAAGGUCACCUGUUAAAUCUCUUCGUGCACGACGCCACGCCGCACGAUACUAUUAAUCUGAUAGCUUACAGUUUGCUCGGCCUCGGUUUCACCGUGUUGACAGUCGGUUUCUUUGGAUGUCGCGCCGCUCUCCACGGAAGCCAGUGCAUACUGGCCACCUACAUGAGCAUGCUCGUGGCGCUGAUCGUCACGGAGCUUGUCACCGCGGCUGCCGGCGGUAUAAUGACAUUUCGAAUACUUUCCGGAUUGGAGGAGCGACUAAUCAGCAAAUUAGCCGUUGGCUACGGCCACGAGCCGACCAGCGACAUCCCUUUCAGCCACAGUCUCGACUUCGCCCAAUACAAGUUUAAUUGCUGCGGUAUUCACGGAUACGGAGAUUACAAUGGCACGGCAUGGUGGAGGGACGCGCAAAUUUCGGGGAACAGGAGGCAGGUCCCCCUCACGUGCUGCGUUUUAAAAAAUACAGAGGUGAAAAAUACGGGAAGUCCAAUGAGCGUCGUGUCGAGAGUAUUCAACAAACAUACCGAGAAACCGUGGUUGAAUCCAAAGCCAAAGGACGAACUAGCCUGUCAAAUAGAGGACAAAGAAGGUCACGAAGGAUAUAGACAUCAAGAGGGCUGCCUUCUCAAAGUUACAAGUUGGCUGCAAUGCGAGAGCUUCACAUUGGUAUUCCUGGGAAUGGCGAUGGCUGGGAUACAAACAUUUGGUAUAAUAACUUCGGCUUUUCUUUGCCGAACGAUAAGGGAGAUGCAAGUGGAUUGAAACUCUUGGGAUAACAAGAGCAUAAAAGAAGGGAGGGAAGCCAAUUUCCAGACCUCUGUCGAGUUUUC